AUGUUGAACUCUUUCGCCGACCGAUAUACAGCUGGGAAAGUUGGUCCUUCCUGUAUAGGAAGCAAAGGUGCAGAGUUAGUUGAUGGACUGAUCAUUAGAGAAGGAGAUUAUAAACUUGUUAAGACAAGGUUUAGUGCAUUCUUUUCUACACAUCUUCACUCAGUCCUUCAAGGAGCAGGAAUCAAUACAUUGGUAGUCACUGGUGUUCAAACUCCAAACUGUAUAAGGCAUACUGUCUUUGAUGUUGUGGCAUUGGACUAUCAACAUGUGACUGUUCUUGUUGAUGCUACUGCAACAACCACACCUGAUAUUCAUCUUGCCAAUGUGUUUAUGUUAGAGUUGCAGCGGAAAUUUGGCUUCUAA